AACACCGCCCGGCCCUUCUCUUACGGCUGUCUGUGUAUCUGUAAGGUGCUCCCGCUGGUAAAGACCUGAUGUCUGCACCGCCACAGCCACCCGGUUCGGGCUUUCCUGAAGGUCUGUGCGAUACCCAUGAACGGGCGAAGGCUCCGCAGCCGCCUGGGAUCCCCCCGGUGUCCCCCGCACAGCUCCUGGUGGCUUGCACCAACAAGGGCUGCCUCCUCCCUAAAGAUAGAAGGCUGCAGUUGUGCUAGUUACCUUUUUUGUUCUUUUUGGAGUUAGUUUUGGGACGUUUAAUUCACUAAGUCGUAAAGCGCUCCUCUGAAAUCCUGCUGUUUAAGACUACAGGAGGAGUUAAGGCAGGUGAAGCUUUUCUGUACCUUUUAAUCUUUUUUGGACAACAGAUCUGCUCUUCAGUCUCUUCAGCAGGUCUCUUUUAGCCGAUUUUUAUCAGAUCUCUUGUCUCUUUGACACUUUUCACACUUUUAAGAACAAGAGAGAAAGUGGAGAAAAAAAAAAGAAGGAUUUGUUUUCCCCUUCAGUACUUGCUUCCAUGCUUUGCCAGGGCAAUUAAAGCAAUGUCUUCUUUUUUGUUUUUAAGUCAUUACAUGACACAUCUGCUGCUUAAUUAGCUAAAUAAAACAGCCGACUCAGAGCCAAAGGGAAGAUGUGUGAAUAACGUACUGAACCUCAAAAGCUUCUCUAGUAGAUAAUGUACGUACACAUACAAAUCCUUUUUUACAUAUGUAUCCGAUAAGAUUCAAUACAAGUUGCAUAAAAGCAUUAAAACUGCUAUAUCACAUUAGAAAUGUGUUCCAGUCAGUUUUGUUUCUUAUCUGAAUAUUUACUGAUAUAGAGUAUUUCAACUAAAGAAAAAAAAGGACUUUAUACAGCGAUGUCACAACUAAUUUAUUUUAUUUUUCUAGCGAAACUGAAAAGGUUACUUUAUACAGAAAGUACCUUAAGUUUGAAUGCCCUGCAGCCUCCUGUAGAAUUAAGCUGCUCUCCAUUGGUGAGAAACAAAGAGUACUCAUCAGUAAAAUAAUUGUACAAGUGAAAACGGUGUCUGCAAAACUAGCAACUGAUUUUCCUUCACUAAGCUCAAGCAUAGACCUAGACAGAGUGCAAACUAUAAUGGAAUCCAUGGGAUCUAAGUUGUCUCCAGGUGCUCAGCAACUCAUGGACUUGGUCCGUUCUCAGCAGAAGAACAGUUUACCUCUUGGAGACAAACUUAAUUGGAUCUUUGGGAAAAAUUCAGACCUGGGAGAUGACCAUGUGAUGGAUGGAUCCCGCGGUGCAGCUAUUCAGACAUCACUAGAUCAAUCAGCCAGUGAACCUUUGUCUGUUAAAAAUCAUUUGAAAAGUGAAACUAUAUAUGACGACUUAAAAAUAAGUCGUGACCUGGACAGGCAGGUACCUGAAAGAGGGGAUACUUCUGAUUCUGAAAGACUUACUGCCCAGCAAAAUACAGUCGACCUCAGAAAUUAUUUCAAAGUCAUGGGAUCUUUGCAUGCACAGGAGCAAGUGAGCGAAACCCCAAACGUAGCUAAUCCACAGGUGCUUCUUCCUUUUCUUCAAAACUUGUGCAGUCAGGUAAAUCAUCUGCGGCUCAGAGAUGGCGAUAGGCAUUUUGGUAAAAAUGCAGCAGCUAAAGAGGAAAGCCUUCAGAGCGUUGGAGUAGAACAACAGCCUAUUUGUUCCUAUUUGGAAAAGAUCAUCUCCAAAAAUAUGGAUCUGAUGGAGAAAAAACUAAUGGACUAUAUUGAUCGCCAAAUCCAGGCUCUUCAGACACAUAUAGAUAAUAAAAUGGUUCUCUUAAUGGACUUGGUUCAGAACUCAAAGCCAAACAAAAUCUCUCAAGCUCACUAUGACUCUAACGAAGGGUUCUCUAAUGGAGAGAGGUAGAUGUAUGUAGAUAUAGGACUUCAGUGUAAGUGCUUUAAGGGCAAUUAUACUUUACAGAGCUUAGUAUUUAUGGAGUUAUAACUGUAAAGAACCUCAGUGUUGUUGACUUGCAUUUUUGUUACUGUAAUUCUCUCCACUAUUGUACACAGUUGUUAGUUUUAUGAAAGAUCUUAAAAAUGUGUGUUUUUUCCUAAAUAUAAGAGUUUUGUAUGCCUUUUGUGGCUUAUUUAUUUAAAGAGCAUUGCUAAAAGCUGUAUGAAAUGCCGUUUCCCACUUUCAGUUUGAAAAUGGAGAAGUACUCUAAAUAAACUGAAUUACAGCUUAUCUUUUACCUGCA